GUGAAGUAGAAAGCCAAAACCAAAACCCCCUCUCUUUAUUUAUUUAUUUAUUCAUUUCCAAGCAAAAUCCUCCUCUUUGCCAUGUCAUUUCUGUGAAACAUCCUCCUUAGCUUCCCUUUUCUUUUUCAAACCCAAAGUGCCUUUUUAUUCCCCUUCACUCACUCAACCAUCCUUACCCCCUCUCCCUUUCUUCACGCUUAUAUCUCUCCCUUCUUCUGAAUCUCAUCUUCUUACCAUGAUCUAGCAUUGCUCCUAUUUUCUUACUCUUACUUGAACGGUUUUGGUACAAUUGUAAAUGGAAAAGGGUAUGGAUUGGGAACAGAGAUGCCUCUUGGACGUGCUAACACAUGGGAAAGAUCGGGCUAAGCAACUUCAGAAGCAUCUCACUUCCUCCUUAUCUACUCAGAUGGGGUUCGUGUUAGUAGACGACAUACUCGGUUGCUAUGAGAAGGCGCUCUCCGUACUCAAUUCCGGUGCUCUUUCCGAAACCAAAUCCGCCGUUACCAUGCUAGAAUCACCGCCCUCCGUCGCCAAUAGUACCGACGCCGCUUCAGAUCAAAAGGAAGUGUCCAAAAAGAGAAAGACAAUGUCUACGAGGACUGAGUAUGUAAAGGCUAGCGCCGGGACACCCCAGGAAGUUCCUCUUGAUGAUGGAUACUGCUGGAGAAAAUAUGGGCAAAAAGAUAUUCUUGGUUCCAAACAUCCAAGGGGAUAUUAUAGGUGCACCCACCGCCACUCUCAGGGAUGUCUGGCCACCAAGCAAGUCCAGAAAUCUGACGAUGACCCCACAAUCUUUGAGGUCACCUAUCGGGGAAGACAUACGUGUAAACAAUCCUCCCAUUUGGCGGCCGCCGUGGCUGCGGCGCUGCCGAUGGAAGCAGAGUCCAUGGAGAAGCCAGAGCAACCAGAGGAGGCGAUGUUGAAUUUCGGAACAGGGCUUAGAGUUAAGACGGAGGAGUUGGAGACCAAGGAGGAAAUAUUUCCUUCCUUUCCUUUCCCUUACUCGUCAAAUGAAUUGGAAGAAGGGGGAAGCAAUAUUUUUCCGGAGUCCAUGUUGGAGAAUGAAAUAAUGGCAAGUUUUCCCUCUGCCUUCGUGUCUCCGGUGUCCUCCGAAUCCAACUAUUUCUCAAUGUCAUCAUGCCACGUUGGCAGUUUCGGGUUAGGACAGACAUCGGAAUCUGAUCUGACCGAAAUAAUCUCAGCUCCGGCUUCAGUGACCAAUUCACCAGACCUGGAUUUCUCAGUAGAAUUGGAUCCGAAUUUCUCCUUUGACAAUCUUGAAUGUUUUUCUUGAUAUAAGAAAGUUUUCUAAGAAACCAGAUAAGUGAGAGAAGAAUAUGCUCUGCAAAUUGCAAUUGAUAUAAAAUUCCGGCCAUCAUUUGAUAAGUACUUUGGAGAAUAUUAAUAUCCAGAAAGACUGUAAACAGAUUCCAAAGUCCUUGUAUAUGGAAUCAUGGAUGCUGGACACGAGAUUCUGUUUCUUAGGUAAUUAGAUUUUUUUUCUCCCCAAAUAAUUGUUAGGACUUUUUUUGUUUUUGUUUUAAAUUUGAUAUAAGUUUAAGGUUGUCUGUUGUAACCAUCCAGACAAUAAAUUGUAAUUUUAAUCUCUCUCCUUGUACAAUGAUAUUGUAAAAUGGGCAGUUAAGGGUUAACAUGAAUCGGUGGUUUAGAAGAUCCGGACUGAGUCCAAGUUCAGUCAGAUUUAGAGAUGCUGUUGACAUCAUGUUUGAACACUAAUCCAAUUUCUUCCAUUGCAAAAGCGCCCUGUCCAAUUUUUUA